UAUUGAGCAGUAAAAUGGUUUAUAAUGAAAAGCGCGCCAAACACACAGCUGAGAUGCAUAGUAUUGGAAUCAAACUUGUAUUUCUCUAUGUAUAACCUAAGCCUUUUAAAAUAAUCCCUACAGUACACAUAAAUACCCAUAUACAAACCAUAAAACCUACAAGUCAGACUACUAUAAAUACACGCUGAAAUAGGUGGUCAUGACGUAUUGUACAGUUGAGGGGUGAGGCUAAUCAGGAAACAUGGCUGACAGGUGAGGAUCAGCUGAUGGCGGCAACUACUGGUGGAGAAAAAAGAUGAAAAUAAUGACUUAAGCUCGCCUCCCCAGAGUGCUCUGAGCCUCUCCUUCCCGACAAGCAGAGGUGCAGCAUGGAGGGAGAGAAGUUGGCUGAGUUCAUCUCCCACACUCAGGCUGAUCCCAUCUUGGCACGACAUGUCCUGCAGAGUGUGAACUGGGAUGUGGAGGCUGCAGUUCGCUUAUUUUCGGUGCUACGAGGGGCUAGUCCCGCCCACCACUCAGGAACAGUACGGUCAGCUCCUUCCAAAUUCCCCCCCUCAGCCAAGCCACCUGUUGCACCUAAGCCAGUUUUUGAUCACAAACCAAACCAGGACACCAUGCGUCUGCUGGCUGACACGAGGGGGCAGGGAGGGCCCAAGCUGGCACCACUGCCGCCCCCAAGAGCCAGGAAGAUGGGAGCGCUGCCUAAGAUACACCAGGAGGGCCCUGCAGCACCCCCCGGCCUGCCCCCUGUGGCCCAGGAGGUGCUGCCCAUCACCACCCUCCUCUCGGAGCCGUACCACCCGAGGAACGUCAGCUCUGUGCGGUCCAACAACCUCCCGCCCAUCCAGAAGACAUGCCAGAUGGACUUCUGCUCCUCCUCCUGCCCUGCUGCACCCCCCUCCAUGCCCAGCCUGACCAAACCCAAAGCCCAGAGUAGCAAUGCCAAAAAUGCUCUGCUCAUUGAGAAGGUCAGAGGCACCACCGUGAGUCUGCAGGAGGGACAGAAGACUUCACUGCACCAACACCACCACAACACCUCCAUCACUUCUUUACCGCAGCACCGCACCGCCACCAGCACCACCACCACUACCACCGCUGCCGUCGUCGCUGCCGCCGCCACUGCUACCGCCACGGCAAUAGACCCGUCUCACAUCACCAUCAACAGUAGCUGCAUCAUCUCCAUCAACAACCCCAACAAUAACAACACCACCAGAAACAAUAAUAUCAUUUACCCUGACCAGUACUCAGCCUCUAGUGACUCAGGAAUGCCCCCCAAGCCCUCCCAGGCCUCAGCCACUCACACAACGAACAACCCUUACAGUUACUCCCCUCAUCCGGCCUCUAGAGACUCCCCACCUCACACACUGUCACCUGCUGUGCCUUCCACCACCCCUUCAUGCAUCAUUAUCCCCUCAACACCACCCAAGGAGACCCAGGAGACACAGGAGAAGAUGCACCUGAAGGAGACAAAACUAGUGGUGAAGAACUCCAGAGAGGCUCCUGAGAAUGCAAGGAAAAGUCUGAGAGCUGUGGAAGAGGGAGUAGAAGGGGCAGGAAGCAACAGUUCCGGGCCGUCAUCCCUGUCGGCUCCCUGCUCCCCUGCAAAACCCCUUCUGCGCAAGACUGAGGCGGUGGACCUCGAGGAGUACGAUUACUACAAAAAACUCAGUAGAGGAAUCUCAAAAGCAACAGACAACGUGAAUCUGGUGUCCAAGGCUCGCUCAGAGUUUGCACAAGAGAUCUGGGAGGCCAUUGAUGCCAGCCGCACUCCCAUCUUCAUUGAGACACCAGUAUUCACCUUCACCUUGCCGGACCUCAGCAUAUACUCGGAUGAGUUCCGAAUGUUCCUGGAGCGUGACCUGAUAGAGACAUCAACGCUGGUCUCCUUGGAGGGUGCUGGGCGCCUCAACUGGUGGGCGCUGGUCGGGGCGUCGCAGCGGCUGUGGCCCCUCGCUACCACUGGGGAUGGGAACUGUCUCCUGCACGCUGCCUCUCUCGGCAUGUGGGGCUUUCACGACCGGCUUUUAACGCUCCGCAAGGCUCUUCAUGAAUUCCUGACCAGAAGCCAAUUCAGUCGACCCUUGUGGAGGAGGUGGAGGUGGCAGGUGACACAGCAGAACAGGGAAACAGACCUGGUGUACAGUGGGGAGGAGUGGGAGUCAGAGUGGGCCAAUGUGCUGCGCCUUGCCUCCAGUGCACCCCGGGGAGGGAAGGAGACCACCGGGGAGGCGCCACAGGACUCUGAACACAGACUCAGUGCUCAUGACAACUCCAAUGGGAAAUCGUCCUCAUGCAAAAGACUCAGCAAUGGGUUUCAGAGUGAGCAGAAUGAGGACUGUGCUGGCCGGGUGUACGAGAGCCUGGAGGAGAUCCAUGUGCUGGCACUGGCCCAUGUGCUGCGGCGGCCCAUCAUUGUGGUGGCCGACCUUACCCUCAAGGAUGUGAGUGGGGAGCCUCUUGCCCCGAUACCCUUUGGGGGGGUGUACCUUCCCCUGGAGUGCCCCCCCAGUGAGUGCCAGAGGUCUCCACUGCUCCUCACCUAUGAUGCCGCUCACUUCUCCGCCCUGGUGGUCAUGGAGACACAGGCUGAGUGCAGUGCCUCUCAGCUUCCUGCUGUCAUCCCCUUGACUGACUGCUGCCAUGAGUUGCUGCCUAUCCAGUUUGUGAUUGAUCCCGGAGAGGACUUUGUGUGGGGGAAGGAUGACCUUGACCCAAACGUGAUCCAGAAAGUUACCAUCACCACCCAUGACAAGAUAGGCCUCCUUAACGAGUACCUGGAUGUGAUAAAGGUGGGCAUCCCACCAUCUUACUUGGAGGCAUGCCAGGCAGUGGAUGAGGCAGAGUCCCCUGAGAACUAUCACCCAGAAAUUGAGAAGAAAUCAUCAGAAUCCAGCUUUGACUCAGAUGAGGGUCCUCCAUAUACAGACGGCAUGGUGGGACUCUUCCCCAGCAAAAGCAAGGCGUCCAAACAACUGCAGACGGUAGCAAAGCAGUUUGGGAGCAUUGGCAAGUCCAUGUCCAAGAAGAUUAAAAAGAACUUUGGCACACUGUCCAAGUUGGGACGCACGGGGUCAUUCAGGAAGCGGGAUGAGUACGUGAAGACCUGCAGCUUGGCCAGGAGUAGUCGCAUGCCCAAGAUAUCCACACACCAGAACUUCAUCUUGGCAGCGGAGAUCCACACAGAGAAACGCCAUGCUUACCAGGAGGAGAUGGUGCGUAACUACCUCAACAAUGCGCGCCGCAGGUUUGAGAAGGAUAUGGAGGUGCGACGGCGGCAGGAGGAGGAGGUGCGGCAGCUUGAGAAGGAGCAGUUAGAGCGGCAGGCUGAGGUAGAGGGUCCAGUACAGUGCAUCAAUUUGGGCUGCAACAUGUAUGGUACAGCCCUCACAUCAUACAUGUGCUCCACCUGCUUCUCCAAACAGCGGGAGCAAGAACAGGAGUACAAGCGUCAGGCAUCCUCCUCCUCAUCCUCCACUACUUCAUCCACAACCAACAACCUCAACUCCCCCAAGGCCCAGCAUCCGAAGAUGUCUGAGGGGCCGCAGUAUGGUGCGGGAAAGUCCAAGUUUUAUGCAGAGUUGGAUUCCACUGCAGCGGGAGAAGCCAGCAAGAUCCCUGUCCACCAGGCACUCUCCACCAGAAAGGAUGGAACGCUCUACCUCUCCAACUCCACCUUCUACAACGACGUGCCCUCCGUCCUGAGCUACAACAUGGCCAAGAGUCAGGCGGUGGGAGAUGAGCCAGAUGUCGGCCAGACUCUUCCAGCUAAGGGGGAGUCUACCAUGAAGGUCACAGCUCCUUCAGUCACUUCCCUUGCCAGUCAGAGUGGUAUUGGUUUCACCCCUGUGGCAAUAGAUGAGGUUGGGAUCAGCAUGAGAGGAGAAGAAAGAUCAGAGAGCCCAAGCCAGCCUUGCCUCACCAGAGAUUGUAAGUUCUAUGGGAGCUGCUCCACAAGUGGCUACUGUUCGCGCUGCUUCCAGAAUGCUGGCUCCAGGAACGUCAUGGUGCAGCAAAUCAAGUCUGUCCAGCUCUAAAUGCCCCAGUGUGCUUUUUUCCCAGUGAGCCAGCCAGCCAGACAGCCAACCAAGCAGCCAGCCAAGCAGCCAGCCAGCCAGCCAGCCAGCCAACCAACCAGACCUUGCCCAUGUGUGUGUGUGUGUGUGUGUGUGUGUGUGUGUGUGUGUGUGUGUGUGUGUGUGUGUGUGUGUGUGUGUGUGUGUGGGGUCCUCCUUGUGGCUUUCUGUGUGCCUAUGAAUCCUGUGUAAAGAAACAUUUCUGAGCACACUGUUUUCUAGUCAUAGUGGUGUUGUCUAGUGGUUUGUGUCUAGGAGUGGAGAUGGUGGCAGGAAUGGUGGAGAUGGCAGGGGAGUUAACAGUGGUGGAGGCUGUGGAUUAGACAGUCAGUGGUGGUAGUUCUCUCAUCCUGACCAGCAGAAGGUAGAUGUGCCUUGAUGCUUGGGGCGUGGGUCUCACUUACAUAGAGAUGUGGAGGAUGACUGUAGGAGCAAGAAACUCUCAAAGUCAUUACUUCAAGGGAUUAAUGGUGUGAAUAAAAAAAGGAGUAAGUUAUCAUGAGUUUUUUGGUGACUUAGAUCUAGAUGCUGCUGUUGAGUCUUGUUUGUGGCAAGUUUUUAAAGGCACUAAAUGCUCUCACUGAGUGAGUGGAAGGCAGAGUAAGGGCCUUAUUUAGUAAUGGUUGUUUGGUCUGCCCAAUUUAUCAAAGGGCAUGUGAAAAGGUCACCACAUUAGGCCGAGGAUGACUCAAGGGUGCCUGCAAUAUAAGGGAUGGUGUUGGAAUGGAGUGUCCCACAUACAAGGCCCCAGUGUUCACUUGGUGCACUGUUGUCUACCUCCAAGUUAUGGUUACAUAUUCCUAUCCUAACUUUUUAUUACCAGUGCAUGAUUUUCCCAUCUUUGUUCACCAUAUCAGUCAAAUUGAUCCCAAGUGUUUUAUAAAUGUGAUCAGAAUUUAUGGUUUGCACUUGUGGUCUGGGUUUUGGUGGGCUGCUUGUAAAGUCUAUAUUUUCAUACUGUAUUUUACAGUUCAGUGUAGCCUAACUGUAGCUGCAGUGGCAGAAUGUUGUGACACGUGCACUGGGUAUGAGUAGUGUUUACCGUACAGGAGGAGACAGCUUCAGCAUGUGUGGAAUCUCAUAUAUACAUUACGUGCGUAAAAAAAAAGUGUUGCAUCACAUACUUAAAAACUCGUUCUCAAAAAAAGCUAACCAUGACAGCUUUAAUUGCUUUAAUUUUAUAACUGAUAUAUAAGUGACUCAUUGGAUAUACGUCAGCCUCCUGUAGCCAGGUGUGUGCUCAGUCCUAGUGACACCACACACCUGCUCCAAGGAGGCUGUGUCCGUGUUAGGGAGGAGCACCUGUCGGUCACCUGCUCAUAACAGCCAUCUGUGGUGGUCCGUGUCGCUCCACUGGGUGUGUGUAGGCUCGGUGUGAUAUCACAGGUAACUGUAUUUUUAAUACAGCUUCUUCCAUUUCAUAAAACUUUAUAAAUAUUUUUGAAUGAUCGAGUGUACAACUCUUUUUGUACAAAAUAUUUAUUUUCAACUGUACAGCACGGACUUAUGUACUGUAAAUAUCUACUUGGUAAGAACAAGUAGAUUUUGUACAAAUUUAAUUUGUUAGAUGAUUCAUCACAGGAAAAUAUGUAGAUUGAGUUAGCUGCACCUUACUCUUUCUUCUCAACUUUUGAUGUGGCUUGUGUAAGGGUUCACAAAACUCCAGCAGGAGUUCAUUACACUAGUAUGGAGUUGUUAUGUAAGUCACCUCAAUACUGCUGACCCAAGGCAGCACAAGGAGCCUUGGCAGCACGGUAAAACAAGAGGCAAUAAUCUUGUGUUCGUGUGGCACCGCGUCACUUUUAGGUAAUGAAAUUUUGACUCGAUUCACUGUUAUGUCUCUUUUUGUUCUACUUACCGAAAAAGAAUGCUGAGUGUUUACUAUCAUUUGUGGCUUCCUAGUGUUAUCACCAUAUACAUGUUGCCUGUAUAUUUUGGAGUAUGUCUUAGUUGAGUUACCAGGAGUGUAAACUUCAGCCUAUCUGGUCAUUAUUGGUAGAUCCUUUGUCAUUUGUCUACAUUCCCUUCCUAGGUUGUGCAGUGUUCCUGUUGAUAUGUCCUGUCUGCAUAUGUUUCCAGCAACAGAAUCACUUUAUUGUUCAUACUUCUAGGGAAAAUCAUUAUGCUUCUAUCUCAGUUGUAUUCAUUUGUUCAUUAUGACAAACAAGAAUCUCUCUUAGUUGUCACUUUUAGCAAUUAUUUUUAUUUGACGUCAAAUUUCUGUUUAGAAUAUUCUCCUUGUCCACAAUUAUGAGUAUUUGUUGAGUGUCCAUCUCAUGAUAAAAGCUCCAAGCCUGAAUGACAUGCAUUAGAGCUGCUGCAGCAUUAGGCUGAAGUAAUUGGUUCCUUGUUGCUGUAUGGCAGGCUGAGGAGCAGAGGUGUUGGUGUGUUCAUGGACAGUAACAUCUCAUUCCUUCAAACUUCCUUGAUGUGAAUGUAAAUGUAAGUGAUUUCCUGAUUCUGGAAUAUUUCCUAUAAAGGGAUAUCAUAAAUCAGUCAAAUCUUCACCAAUAGAUUUGUGUCAUAUGAACUUUGCUGUGAUAACUUUUUGUAGUCAUAUCUGUUUUUUAUUUUCUUUUUUCCCAUUAUUAUUAACAGUGUGCAGUGCCCAAGUCAGCUGGUUAAGUUUGUCCUGCCAUGCUCAGUUACAGCUCAGGAAGACAUUAGUAUUUGUUAGCUGCCUGCCAAGCGAGAUGUAAGAUGUGCGUGUGCAUGUGGUGAUGUUACUUGUCGCCUCAUUCAAUAUGACAAGAGGUGUGCAUUUGUGGUGACAGUUUCAGACUCACCAGAGAGGCUCAUGUAGCAGAAAAUUUUUUCAGUACAAGUGUGAGGCGGCUAUGAAGCGAGUUAAUUGGGUACCUGUUUUGGAUUACUGUGACAUGAAUUGGUAAAGUUGGCUUAAAGCAAUGUGUAAUCAUGAAAUUGGGAUAGAUGCAGAUUUUUUCAAUUCUUGCAAUUAUUACUAUAGUAAAUUUACAGUUUUCAUGGUAUACAAAAUCUAUACUGGGGGUAUAGGAUAUAGUUUAGAUAUCAGAGUGAAGCAUAGAGGGCACUGCAGUAGUUUUUUUUAUAGAUGUUAGAAUAGAAAGAUACUUUGGGUGUUGGUGGAGAACUUUCACCUGCUAGACCUGUGAAAAGCUUUACAUUCGUUUGUUACGUUCAGUAGUAUGACAAAAAAAACAUAGGUUCAGUUUUAUUGGUGCAUCAAUGAAUGAGAUUUUACUGUCCACAGCAGCAUACAUUUAUUGCCUUGAAAGCCAUGCAGGCAGAUAUUCAAGAGCUUGGUGAUGCAGCCUGGUUGUGAAGCAUCCUGUAGUUACACCAUGUUCAAGGACAAACCGAGUAUUGCAGAUGGAGUGCAUAAAGGAUUGGAGAGUCCCUGAGUUUAUGUAGUAGUCAGUACCAUAUUAUUAUUUUCUAGUGAUAUACUUUAAGUCACCUGCAAGCCAACUCCAGGCUGUGGUCUUGGCAACAUCUUGGGAUGGGUGGCGUCUUAGUUAGAUUCUCCAGGUGAGGGGAAAUAACAAGCUGUGAUCUGUGGUGUUUCAGAUCUUUGAACUGGUAAUCUUGAGUCUGAUCAUCUGCCUGCGAGGUGAUUGAUAUUCUUAUACUUUAUGUAGAAAAUACCGAGUACUUUAUUUAUCCAUAGAGAAAUUGUUGAUUAUUAUUAGGGUUAAGAUGUGUAUAUUGUACUAUGGCAUAAGUCAUUCACCAUUUUCAUACGUGAACUGGAAGCAAACUAUUUAUACAAUGAAUUUUAUAAGAAUGCAUGAAACUAUAUCAUAGGGAAUAUUCUUGAUGUAUUUUCUUUAAAAUGAUUUAUUUUCUGAUGUGGAACUCCUAACUAAUUGCUAGUCACGUCAUGCUGUCAGUCGCCUUACUUGUACCACUGUGCCCCGGCCAGCACCGUGCCCCGGCAGCACCACCGUGUAGUUGUCUGCUGCAGUGCUGUACACAAAUGCACUGUAGUGACUGAAGGCAUAGCAUAUAACAGUUCAUUACUCUAGAACGCAUACAUAAAGCCGUACCCAGGCGUUGUGUAUGUACCUGUGUGCCCUGUAUAUAUGUACAGGUUUUGCAUAUGUACAUAAGAUACACUCGCAGACCUCAAGAUACACACCAGAAUGCUUUGUAUUCAUAGAUUUAUCAGUGGUGAAUUUGAUACAAACCUGAUUUACAGGUUGACAUUGCUUUCAAUGUGUAAAUCUACUUAAAUCUUUUUUCAGUAAUUGAUGAUCACCUUUUUUAACUCCAUUAAUGUUUGCACUAAGAGAACAUUCAAUAUUUUCUGGUCUAAAUUGAUAGUUUCCAAGAGUGAGUACAGUCCAACACUAGCAGCACGCCAGUCCCUGCCUGCUUGGCUGAGGCUCUGCAGUUUGCACUUUUCUUGGCAAAACGGUGCUUGUUGAAUCACGGAAAAGCAUGUUUGUACAGUUCAUGCAGAGGAGCCAUGUGUGGCGUGUGCUGCACUGUGCCCUCACGGCCAGCAAGGUGCUGUCAGUCGGGGUUUAGAAUUACCGAUCACAGAGUUUUGUUGUGCCUUUCAUGUAAGUGAGGCUUAGCUCGUGUGCAGGGAAAAUAGGCCUUAAACUGGCGUGCUAUUGCCAGAUUGCGGACAUCGAGCCCAUGCAGAGAAAGGGAUUGGUGUAAAUAUUCAUGUUCACCAAGGUGAACAUUUUCUUCAAUAAACAGCAAACUUCAUCA